UUCUGUCUUGAAUUAUAAUAAUUUUUUCUCUGUAGAAUUUGAUCAUCGUUAAACAAGCCCAAUAUCAUUUUAUCGUCUGCUAGCAUUGCGUUAUUGCGCAUACGCAGAUUUUGAUCCACAGCAGUAGUGACUGUCACGCGUAUUGUGUUUGAGUUUGGUUUGAAACGGCGAGGCCGAGGUCAUCGUUGCCGGGGUCUUGAUGAAGAUGAAGCGAGUGAAGAAUGAAAUAAUUAAUGUGCUUGAAUCUUAUUUGAAACGACGCCGCUAUCAGGGCAACGACGUCUUCUGUAAUAACAAAACCGACCACUUGUUUUGUCAGAGCAGCGAUCAAAUGACAUUGAACGCAACCGCUGAGUGCGGCACUUCCCGCGACAAUUCGAUUAUUUUUAGUGCCAUUACCAUUGACAUUACCGCGGCGGAUCAAGCUUAUCAACGUUUGAAGAUAUGGAUGAAUGCAACACUUAAUGAAAAGAUCAAAAUGGAACUGCAAGGACUUUUGUAUCCAAUAUUUUGUCAUCUUUAUUUAGAAAUGCUACAUGCUGGCAACAAAGAAGCUGCAAUUCAAUUUUUAAAAGCUCAUCAAAGUGAAUUUAUCAGUGAUACUGAAAAAGACUUUCUAGAAGAGUUGUCUGGUGUAUUUUCAGUACAGGACAUUGAACUGAGACCUUUGGUAAAUGCAUUUAGAACUAGAAAGUACAAAGUGGAUUUAUCAGAGCCAGCACAUAUCUGCCUACAGCAAUAUCUUGCCAAACAUGGACAUAUAAUAUUAAUGCAGAUUAUAAAUACACACGUUACGAUAAUCAGAAAGGCAGAUGGUUCUCAAAUGGAUGGAGAAGUACAUGAAGAGAAAGGUCAAAGAUAUGAGGCAGGUAUUAAUGGCCAUGUGGAACAACCAUCUGGUACCGGGGUAGAUCGUGAAAUGAGAGAAUUGCAAGAAGCUAUACGAUUAAUACGAGAUAAUGCUCAUCAAUCACUGAGAAUAUUCACAGUAAAAAAUGCUAUAGAAAAUGCAAGUAGUGCUCUUAUUGCUUCUAAAAUGGAUAAAUUAGCUGUUGGAUUUAGUACAGCUGAAAUACGCUUGUGGGGUAUAGGUGAAACAGUCUUACUUAAACCAAAACAUAAAAGCACACAUAUACCACUUGCCUGUGAUGUACUUCCAUCUCGUAGUUGUAACGAACAAGAAAAUGCAAUAAGAAGUGAAGCGGGAGCAGUAAUAUUAAGAGGACACACAGACGUGGUGCAUGAUUUAAGAUUUAUUCCGCAAUCUGAAAUACUUCUGUCUGUAUCGAGUGACAAGGAUAUGAGAGCAUGGAGACUCAAUGAUUACUCAUGCGCAACAAUAUAUAGUGGUCAUAGUUAUCCGAUAUGGUGUAUGGAUACCAGUGUGUUCAGUUUAUAUACUGCUACAGGUUCACAUGAUAGAACUGCCAAAUUAUGGUCAUUGGAUAGAACAUUUCCACUGAGAAUAUUUGCUGGUCACUUUUUAGAUGUCAACUGCGUGAAGUUUCAUCCAAACGCUCGAUAUUUAGCAACUGGUUCCGCUGACAAAACCGUAAGAUUAUGGUCCACAGAUGACGGUAAUUUAAUGCGAGUGUAUGUUGGAGCACAGUCGACCAUUUACAGUUUAGCAUUUAGUCCAGAUGGCAAAUAUUUAGCUACUGCUGGUGACGACAAAUCUAUAUCAAUAUGGGAUUUAGCAACUAAUGCAGUGCUAACUGAACUGAAAGGUCACAAAGAUACAGUUAUGCAUGUAGACUGGAGUUUGGAUGGCCAAUACAUCGCCAGUGCAAGUAUUGAUGGGAUUGUACGGCUAUGGCCUACUCAAGACUUUAUCAGCACUUUGAAUGGAUCAUCAAGCGCGAUGUCACAAUCUGAGGCGCCACAAAUGUACUCGACGUCUUGCUCAAGCAUCCUUUCGUUAAAUUAUUACAAGAAAAACAAUUCGUUAAUUUGUAUCGGCACAGCAUAGGAUUUUUACUAUUUAUUGUUUUUAUUUGGGGUAAAAUAUUUUAAGUUAAAUCUAUUUUAACUGGUUUACCAAUGUACAGUUUAUCACACGAAGUUUUUACAUUAUUUAUAAAAAAAAAGAUACAUCACCAGUGUAUAGUGUUAGGUUUAUUUUCACUGUACCUUAUUAUAUGUAAAAUCUUUUUUACGAGUUUAUAUAUGAAAAUAUUUCGUAAGUUUUCAUUCUUUUAGGAGCUAAUAUAUAGGGUCUUGUGUGCCUGAUAUAUAGUUCAUAUAAUAUCGUGAACAAGGCUUGAUAUACAUAUUUGGAUAAAUUCUAUAAAAAAAGUUUCAAAAUUAA